AUGGCAGACACAACCCUACAUGGCAAGGAGAAUACCCACCAUGUCGAGUACCUCAAGGGUGUCGGACAAUCAUCCACCCAGUAUGCCCGAUUUGGUUCUUUCGCCAAGGUUGACCCGAAGGAGAUCACGUUAGUGAGAAAGAUUGAUCUCUACAUGAUGGUUUGGUCCACCCAAUGCCUCUGGGACUUAUGCCCAUUUCAAGUCUUCUCAGCCGACUCUUUGGCUGAUGUACUUCUUCAACUUCCUCGAUCUCAAUGCACCGAGUCAUCGAACUUAGACGUGACGGGAACACCUGAACUCACAAUUAAAGCCAGGAGUAUCAACAAGAAGAAAGUGGAUAUUGGAACAGCCGAACUCGGCCAUAACGUGAUUUACGACUUUGCCAAUGUCAGACGCCUUGCCGCGCAUCUGUACGCUCUCCGUACAGGUGACGCCUAUAGAGCAGAAGAUGAGUUGAAGGCAAUGACUGAGGUGAUUGACAAGUAUUCGAGCUUUGUGCCACGAAAGAGAGGACGCCGAGACUAUUGUAUUGACCGGAGCCACCGGUUCAUUAGGGGUAUACAUCCUCUCGAGACUUAUGCAACACGACUUUAUCAGGACGAUAUACUGUUUGCUCGGAUUGGAAGACAGCUAUCUCCGUCUGUGCUUGGGGAGCUCCGUCGAUCAUUCACAGAGAUGAUCCAUGUUGCUUGGGCGGUCAACUUCACGCUUGGUGAGCGCAGUUUUGAAGCGCAGCACAUCAGGGGAAUCCACAAAUUGAUCAACCACUGUCUCUCUAGUGAGAGACCCUCACCAGCAGCGUUCUACUUUUGUUCCUCGAUUUCAGUCGCGGCCGCCACCCGUCUACCGGCCACUAUUGCGGAGGCACCGAUUCCUGAGCUAUCCUGGGCACAGAACAUGGGCUAUGCAAGAUCCAAGCUCGUCGCAGAGCGGAUUGUCUAUGUGGCCGCUAAGCAGACAAAGGCAGUGGGUGCAACCCUUACGGAGGGUGAACAGGAUCCGCGCAAGAACCCAGCCAUCGAGUUGCUGGACUUCUCCACAGACAAAUAUGAUAAUGACAAUCCUGGUCGCGUGUGGCUUUCUUUUGAGAUGAAGACCCAAGCGGCCAGUCCGGCACUCAGUGGAGGUGUGGAGCUGAUUGAGAGUGGCCUAGUGGAGAAGUUCAUUGAUGUACUGCGGCGUAAUGAAUGGCAGAGUUGA